AUGGGAGCUUGCGGUCUCCGACAGAACAAAGCCGUCGAGAUUACGAGCGACGAAAGCGAUGUGGUCAGCGGCGACAACGACGAGAACAUAGAAGAUGAUAAGUCACGAUCACAGGCCACGUUCCGUUUCACGAUCAACAGCUUCUCCCAGCUAAGGAAGCCGAUUCUCAGUCCGCCAACCUACGUCAGAAACUUGCCAUGGAGAAUACUGGCACAGCCUAAAAUGAUUCGCAUUUUUCCCAUCCAAUGCAAAAUGAGUUUAAACUACUUUCUCCAGUGCAAUGGAGAGUCUGAGUCUACAAACUGGUCGUGCUAUGCCUCCGUUGAUUUGCGCAUUCUCGCACAAAAAGAAGGUUAUGAGCACCUUUCAAAGCCCGUUUUGCACGUCUUUAACAGCAAAACAAACGACUACUGUUUCCACAGCUUUGACAACUGGGAGGAACUGACCGACCCGGCAAAAGGCUACCUGAAGGACGACAGGCUCAUCCUCGAGGCGACGGUGAAAGCUGAGGUGCCGCGCGGCGUCCACUGGGACUCGAAGAAGCACACCGGUUUU